AUGUCAGGAGCUGUCGUGAUCGUCGGCGCCGGCGUCGUUGGACUCACCACGGCGCUCCAACUCAUCCUGGAUGGAGUGUCGCCAUCACAGAUCACAAUCGUCGCCAAAGACGGACCGGAGAAGUCGACGUCGUUUGUAGCUUGGAGCGUUGUGGGAGUGGUAACACGCACACCCAUUUACUCAUCCCCCGCCACCUAA